AGGUUGUAUUGCACAAGUUCAACCUGAACCCAUCACAAGUUAGGUGGAAAUAACGUUGUGACCAACCACUGUAGCGAAGCGCGCGGAGGGCCCCAACUGCCCGCCCUGCCCUGUGCUAAUCUCCACUUCCACUUCCACCCGCCCCCGCUGAGCCUGGUACCCCAUUUUCGGGAGACGCCCAGACGUUCGAUUUCAGAUCCGCUUGGCACCAAACUCCGUCUCUGCCACUUUCUUUUUGCUCUUGCUCUUGUCUGGUAUUGGUAACUCUUCCGAAACCGAGGCCUUCUCGUUUCUUAUCCUUGCUACUCAUUUGUAUCCAAUUUCUACCGCCGCGUCAAGCCCGGUACGCUUUGCAACACCAAGCUCGCGAGAGAUCAUCAGUCUUGUGCUUGGCGAUUUGUCCAGUUUGCUGCCACAGCCCUCCUCCUCACUUGACCACCACAUCACCAACCCCGCGAUCCAUCAGACACUCUGACAUCAUGGCCGACCCGACGCAAAACCAAACCGACACCGCGGACCCCGUCGUCGCGCCAGUCGCUAAGGAAGACGCCGAGACCACGGCCGCCCGCCGCGAACUCAAGCACACAUCCAUCUCCGAGCAAAGCGCCGCCGUAGCCCAAGAUAGCGGAUCAGACAAUGGCACCCCUACAGCCGGAUCAAGGAAGGCCACUCCAGAGCCUGCAAUUGGCGACGACAAAGACACCGAGAUGAAGGAGCAGGUUUCGUCUCCCAAGAAGAAGAGAGCACACGACGAGCUUGACGAGAGCAAGGACGCGAAUGACGCUGAAUCCGGGGACCAGGCUUCCACAGAGGAGGCCAAGUCCACCGCGACCCAAAGUAGGACAGACAGGUCCGAGCCGGAGAAGAAGCGUGCCCGUGACGAAACAUCCACGUCGGAUGACGGAGCGAAGGAGACUACAACCUCAGUAUCUGCCGAGACAACCACCACCGAGACUAUUGCGAAGCCCGCCGAGCCAGCAGCAGAAGUCAAGCCCACGAGCGAAGAAAAGCCCCAAACAUCAUCCUCCGCCUUUGCCCAGUCCGGUUUCGCCAAGCUUGCCAGCUCUACAACCUCUCCCUUCGGCGCCCUAGGGGGCUCCGCAGCCCCCAGCCUUUUCGGCUCUACAAACUCUGGAUCCGCCUCUCCCUUCGGCACUCUCGGCGCUUCCACCACAGCAGCGGCCCCCGCGCCGCCCAAGCUCAGCUUCGGCAGCUCAGCCGCCGCACCAUCGCCCUUUGCCGGCUUUAACAGCGCCAGCACCGGCUCCGUGUUUGGCGGCGGGUUCUCUAGCGGUUUUGGAAGCGGCGCGCUUGGUGGAGCUAAGCUUACAAGUUUCGGUGGAAAGCCCGGUGAGACUUUGACGAGCAGCAAGCCUGCCAAGCCUUUUGGUGCGCCAGAGAGUGACGCGGAGGAGAGUGAAGAGGAGGGCGACAACGAGAAGGAGGAUGCGGGGUCAAACGAGGAGAAGGAGGGGGAGAACGAUGAGGCUAAGACUGCGGCGGAGGAAGAGAAGAAGCUGAAGUUGCGAAAGGUCGUUGUCGAUGACGGCGAGGGCGAGGACGCCACGCUACUAGCGGUGCGCGCCAAGAUCUUCGUUAUGGAGAAGGGUGUCGGCUGGAAGGAGAGGGGAGCCGGCAUGCUUAAAGUCAACGUGCCCAAGGCGAGCGUCGAGCGAGAUCACAACGGCAACUGGGACUCCACUUCCUUCGACGCCUCGGCACUGGUGGAGGAUAGCGGCGACGGAGAGGCCGGCAGCGGUGGCGGCCGUAAGAGUGUCCGUCUCGUCAUGCGCCAAGACCACACCCUCCGUGUGAUUCUCAACACGGCGAUUGUACCGGCCAUGACGUUUGUCGUGACCAAGAAGCUCAAGGCGGCAUAUGUGCUUUUUACGGCGUUUGAGGGCACGGAGCCGAGACAGGUGCAGGUCAAGCUGAGCGAGGCCAACGCUACUGCCUUCAAGAACCUUAUGGAUCUCAUACAGAAGGAGCUUGCCGACGAGUAAGAGAGUUAAAAACUACCUCUAUACAACGUUUUGUUUCACCUAGACGAGAGCGAAGUCGGACUUGCAAGGCCGUCGGCAAUGAGACUAUGUCUAUUUUACUUGGUGCGUGGGCGUUGUGGGAUGGAUAGGCGAAGGGGUGGAUGAACGGACGGCUGAGGUGACGGCUGGGGAGGGAGACACGAAAAUACCAGGGCAGUCACUUUUUCUGAGGGACUGGCUCGCUUGCAUUUGUUAUUGCGGAAC